AUGGUAUCCUAUAGAGAUAAACAGUUCCAAUGUGAAGCCGUAGCCACUUACUCCACGUCGUCAGCUGCCCUACAUCUCACUCCAUUCUUCAACAUCUCCUCUCCCAAUAAUAUUUUAAUUGACGUUGCGAAAUUAAGUUUAAUGACAGUGAUAAGUGCUUACAAAUACACUGUACCUGCCCGUGGUUCCUGUAUGGUCAAGACGGACAUUCAAAUUAAACUUCCGUCCGGAUAUUAUGGUCGAGUCGCACCACGAUCAGGUCUUGCUUUAAAGAACAAGCUUGAUGUUGGAGGUAAUAAUCAAGUUGAUGAAUGA